AUGAGCGAGCACACAUGUCCUACAGCAGGUGGUUUGAGCUCAGAUGGUGGUUUUAAUCCGGACCUUGAUUGGUCUUAUGUCAAAUCCGAUCCAACAGACAACUGGCAUGUCAUAGGCUGGCUUGUAUGUUUAGUUCUUCUUGCUAUCAUAUGGAUCGUAUCACUUAUCACUAUCAAUAAACAUUUGAAGAACUAUUAUGUUUGUGAGGCCGAUAAACAAAAACAUAAGCUUCGAGUCCUCCUGUUUCCACCAGUCUACGCAACAUUAGCUUGGUUUUCGUACCUAAGAUUUGAUUAUUCAACAACUAUCAUGUUCUUCGCUACUCUAUUUGAAGCGUUUGCUGUAUUCAAUCUGUUCACAUGUCUGCAGGCUUAUCUGAAGCCUUACCGAAUUGAAGCGGGCAAUAUGAAAGAAGCAAUUGACACGAAAAUUAUGUUCAUUUUUAAAUAUCAUCUCAAAUCGAAAUGGGGCAUGCAUUACCGUAUCAUCACAGAUAUUCUCGUCUUCCAAUACCCUAUUUGGUCUUUGAUUGAUUCUUUCACAUCCAUUUUUACGUCCCUUAAGGGUGUUUACUGUGAAAGUGCCUAUAGUUUUAAAGGUGCUUAUGUCUAUUUGACGAUCAUUAAUUUCAUUUCGCUUUCCACCAUCCUUACCGCAUUGUUUGUUUAUUUGGAUGUUUAUCACAAUGAAUGGAAACGAGGACAUAUUCCCGCUCACGGUAUGUUCUGGUGUGUCAAGGGUCCUAUCAUGGCUAUUUUCUAUCUCGGCGAAAUCCUUUUAACAGCUUUGACUACUGGCGGUGUCAUUAAGGGGUCACCUGGUAAAGAUGGAAGCGUAGCAUGGCCAGCUGAAGCCGUUGAAAAUGGUCUGAAAGUCAUCAUCAUCUGCGUCAUUAUGACUAUUGUUUCCUUCAUGAUGCUUCGUUAUUUCGGACCAAGGGACAAUAUUGCAAAUGCUCACAAUACUGGUGAGCUGAAGAAGUUAAGCCGGUGGCACGCUUUUGUAGAGGCUUACAUUGCUUACAUCCCUGAAUUUACAUACAUGGCUUUAUGUUGCGGUGUUGAUUCUUUGAAGCUUGCUAAAAAGCGUAGAGAUUUAAAAAAGAGAAAGAAAAUGGGAUUGACCAAUACUUCUUCAUUUAUAAGAGAUGCCAACAGUCUCGCUAACAACAAUGAUUUGGAUGGAGCAGCACUUAAUAAGACAGCAACAGAAACGCAACGUUUGAAUGAUACGACUUAUGAAAUGGAAGGUUUAAGGACAGGACAAGAAGCAUCAUUUGCAAACAUGACAAGAUAUAAUAAUUACAGCAACAGCAACUAUAUCCCUUUCACCACUACUAAUAUUAAUAGAACUACACCUAAUCUUGUCAACACGCCAGAUAAUCUAUACCAAUAUCAGCCGAAUGAUGCUUACCGACAGCCUUAUUCCACAGUGCAAGAUACAGCGAUGCAUCAGCAACAGUCAUCACCAUACCAAAGUACUAUGUGUUAUGAUGGAAGUGGAUACCAGCUCAACGGCUAUGGAUGA